AUCAAAUGUUUGCAAAAAAAAAAAUGGCUGACUACGUGAGUAGGACUGCUAUUUUACACGAGUCAUCGACACAAUUUGAACCUGGGGAUCACGUACUCCAGAGGCUCCAAGGAAUCAGAAUCAGACGACUGUAUCCCUGAUCAUUAAUGGCCGACUUCUUUGGUGAAGUUGUUCACCCCAACUCUCGUGCAUUCUGGACCGAGGAUGACGAUGAGAGUGAAGAGGCUGGAGAUACCACAGUAUCAUUCACGAUUGACUGGACAGAGACUUGUCCAGAGAAGAUGAAGACGUUGAUAAUAGCAGAAACGCCAUUGAUAAAAGAUUUCAUCGAACAAUCUGUGAUCCAAGACCACAAAUCCAUCUGCAGCAUCACAUCUCAAAAUAGCAAAGAAUCUUCAAGAAUCCACCGACUCCCCAACGACGUAUUCCUCUGUCUAAUCGAUUCCCACAUCAAUCUCACGAUAGCUGGUGACUUCAUCGAAGCUAUAUCUCCAAUUCUAUCAAAAUCCGAAAAUACAAUCGCCAUCACAUGCAACCACGUGUCACAAUUAAAAUGUGGAGAGAAAGCUCCAGAGCUUUCGUUCAUAAGAUCCUUAUCAACAAGAGGAGUCACUGAAAAGCAAAGAAACUUCUUUCCUGUCCUCAGUCAACCGAAUAUCGUAGCAGGAGUAGCAGCUGGAGUGAUAUCCCACGCAGAAGUGAUGAACCUCCCUGGUACCCUCGCAGUCCUCUACCUGGACGGUUUCGAGCUGGACUCGCAAUCAGCCCAGCCCCUGAUCAAGCUCUUCAAAGAAUUACUGUCCUACGACCUGAAGGACUUCAACGUCCCCUCAAGUCUCUUCUUGGAAAAAGGAAAUUUGUACAUGUGAACCCCCCAAAUGCCCUCAUCCUCAUCAAUAAACUUUUUAUUCUAUCUUAA